AUGGACAAGCACCAACAAUUCUACGUGCACAUCGUGGUUCACCGCGGAAGCAUCCAAGACACGUCUCACCAGCGACGAACUGGUCUCUGGUUUGUUCCGUGCGAAGAGGGAUCGCAGUACUAUGUUCACGUCAAGGGCGCCAUACACAACUACAAGUUCGAGGUCAAGGAAAACUGGGAUCCUACCUGCACCGGAAGCGCUCUCCCGCUCAUUCAUAUGGACACGACGGACAAUUUGUCUGCCAGAGAACUGAUCAAGAUUCUUCGCGACGUCCCCAUCGAAAACCACGAUCUCGAGUUCAAUGGUCAGCAGUGGAUUUGGGGAGCGCUUACGUCCAUGGUCUCCGAAGGCCACUUGACCAAACGACAACGAGAUGAUGGCUUCAAUCGGAUGCUCGAGACUGUUCUCGAGGGAUCAUCGGAUGAGCUCCCGGAGCCGCAUUAUGGCCAUGUUCGCAGCAGCAGCAGCAACGACAACACCACCGAUGCCGUCUAA